CGACUGGCUCCGCCUUUAUUCUGCCGAGGCUGUAAAGUUUCAGGGGGGAAAUGUUCGGAGCUCCGCUGGAUUUCUCUUUUAAAUGUCUCAGCUCAGUGUCAGAUGUUGUGUCAGAGGAGCCGAACGUGUCCGUGCGUCCACUCAGAAGGAAUUCUGAGGGGAAGUUCAGCAGCAGAUCUCUCCGCCUCAACAAUAACAUCAUCAGUGACCUGCAGGGCCUGACCGAGACACUGUCCGCUCUCUUCACCGAGCCCAAACGCCUCGCCUGGCUUGACCUGUCCUUCAACGACCUCUCUCACAUACACCCGGUCCUCACAGAGCUCACAGAGCUGCAGGUGUUGUAUCUCCAUGGUAACAGCGUGAGUAACCUGUCAGAGGUGGAUAAGCUGGGGACGCUGCCGUUCCUGCACACCGUCACACUGCAUGGCAACACCAUGGAGACCGUGCGGGGCUACAGGGGAUAUGUGAUCGCCGCUCUUCCUCAUCUGAAGAUGAUGGACUUCAGCGCCGUUACCAAACAGGAGAGAGUCAUGGCCUCCAUCUGGCACCGGGGAGGGAGGGGCCACAAAUCCACCAAUCAGAGCAAAGAGGACUGAAAUGUCUUCAUGUAAACCAAUCUGAGCCCCUCUGUGAUUGGCUGCUGUGUAGCUGCUGAACACUGAUUACAUACACAGAACAGCUUUGAUCUUUAACGUUUCCCAGUAUUAAUCAUGAACACACCUGGUUGGACCUCUGCACUGUGUCUUCUAGUGUUUUCCUGCUAUGAUUCACCCUGAUAGCUAAUUAAUCAAUCCAAUCAGCCUCUUCAAGCUCCGCCCACAAACUUAUUCUUUCAUA